AUGAAUUUGGCUCUCUUCCACAGCCUUCGAAUCAAGAUUUUCAAUUCGAGUACUCUUCCAGAAGAGGGAAAGUGGAAUUUGGACGAACUGUCGCAAGGAACAACCUGCAAAACCAAGACCCUAAGGAAAAGUGCACGAGACUCAAUCGGAUUUGAUUCAAGCUCAUUUCCAGCCCAUCACAAAGAAAGGCAACCGUCCGGUUGUUCCGCGAGCAGAGUCGAGAUGCCAUCUGCGAAACAACACGGACAUGAAGUGGAUUGCAGUAAACAAGAAGGAAAUGGGAAGGGGAAAGUCGAUAAUCGGACACGCUCUUUUGUUCCGUUAUCGCAUGAACCUAUAAGUAGUGGUGACUGUGGAUCUUCACAACAAGCGUUUCCACUGUCUUCGUUGAAUUCAGUACAGAAGCAUUUAUCAACUUUACGGUCUUGUUUCACGCCGAGUGGUGAAUCUUUGAAGAAAAAUGUAACAUUUUCUGAGGAUCUCGUCACAACGAUUUUUUAUGAGGCCACAAAUCAGGAACUCACUCAAGUGCCAGUGGGCGAUAAGGAGCAAUCCACUGAUAAUGAAAAGGCGAGUCGCUGUCAGCUGUUUUUCCGAUACCAUUACACUAUACCUACACCUGAGGUGUUUAUCUGCGUGCUCGGACAACCUUCAUGCUGA